AAGAGAUUUGAUGCCAGCUGAAGUGCUGUGGCUAGAACAGUUUGCCAUCACAUCGUGCUGUAGCUGACACUGAAGAAAUGACCGCUGAGCUUUCGUCGCAGGAAGUGCUGCAGCCGACCACCAGCGUGCAGGGCGCCGCGGCGCGGGCGGCGGAAGUGAAGUCGGAGGCGACGGAGGCGGAGGCGAGGGCGUGUGCGGUGGUGGAGGCGGGGUCGGUGGCCAGGGCCGUGGCGUGUCCUGGUCCCACUCUGCCGCCCCGCGCACGCUCGCGCUCGCUGUCGCCGCACGCUCCGGUCCCAGGACGCAGACAGAGCUACGCGAAAUUCGGGCGAUUGCUGCUGGAAGCGUUUCAGCCGUCCGCCAGCCAGCAGAGCGCGGGGGCGCGGGCGCGGACCGGGGGUCGGGCGCGCGGGCGGCGGGGGCCGGGGGCGGGUCCGAGCGGGGACGAAGGGGAGGCGCGGGCCGGCCCUGCCUCCCGCGCGCUCUCGCGCUCGCCCUCGCCUGCAGCGGCAGCGGCGUCGGCGGCAGCGCCGCAGGCAGCCCAGGACGAGAUGCUGCGCCUGCUGGAGUGCCCCGUGUGCAUGGAGCACAUGUUCCCGCCCAUCGAGCAGUGCGUCAACGGGCACAGCGUGUGCGCGCGCUGCCGGCUGUGCGUGAGCGAGUGCCCCGAGUGCAAGGGCCGGUUCGCCGGCACGCGCUGCCGCCGCCUCGAGGCCAUCUGCGAGGUGCUGCUGCCGCGUCCCUGCCGCCACUCCACCCUCGGCUGCCGCGAGCGCCUCUUCGCCGACGCCCUGCCCCAGCAUGAGGCCGCCUGCGGCUUCCGCCCCAGC